AUGCCCAAGUCCAAGCGCGAAAAGCUCCUCCACCUGACGCAGGUCGCCAAGAAGACCCGCGAGCACAAGGACCGGCUCUUCUCCAGCAUCCGCGACGCCGUGCCCGAAUACGAGCACUGCUUUGUCGUGCACGUCGAGAACAUGCGGAACCAGCAUCUGCACGAGCUGCGCCAAGAGCUUUCCGACAGUCGCCUCUUCCUCGGCAAGACCAAGCUCAUGGCUCGCGCCCUCGGCACGUCGCCCGGCGAGGCUCUCCUGCCCGGCAUCGACCGUCUGGCCGAGCGGUACAUGCACGGCACCGUUGGCCUGCUGCUGACCAGCCGCCGCCCCGACGAUGUGCGCGCCUACCUCGACGCCAUCAGCCCCGUCGACUUUGCCCGCGCCGGCACCGUGGCCACCCGCGACGUCAUCAUCCCCCACGGCCAGCUCUACAGCACCGGUGGCCUCGUGCCUGCGGCUGACGACGUCCCCAUCGCCACCGCUCUCGAGCCCGAGCUGCGUCGUCUCGGCGUGCCCACCAGCAUCAAGGCUGGCAAGGUCGUCCUCGAGGCCCCCGACAACGCCGACACCGACACCGACAGCGAGACCGCCGCCGUCGGCGGCUACCCCAUCUGCCGCGCCGGCCAGGUCCUCGACAGCCGCCAGUCCCGCUUGCUGCGCCUCUUCGGCAUCUGCCUCAGCGAGUUCCGCGUCGGCGCCCUCGCCUACUGGUCCGCUGCCUCCGGUGAGGUCACCGAGCUCGCUCCCCCGCUGCCGUCCACGACGUCCGCUGGAUCCCGCGCCCUUAAGAAGACGGCCGCCGAUGUCGACGACAUCGUCGUCGAUGACGAUGACAAUUAA